AUGCCAGUCUCUAGAGCAGUCAGCUUGAACAAGUGUCAUGAAUCCCCUGUAACAGAAAUUGGGUCAGAUGGCCAGUUCAACACAUACCUUUCUCAAGAAGGGCCUCCUGUUUCCGAAAAAUAUGAUACUCGUACGGACACACAUGCUCCUAUGAUUGGUGAUAUCAUGAUAAGUGUUGACAACACCACCACGCCACAAGUAUACUUUCACUACGUUGUCUCUAUACUUGAUAGGAGGCAUGCUCAGAACGUGGCAACAGUUCUAGGCGCAGUCAUUGACUAUUUGGUGUUUAGCCCUCUGCAGCCUCUGGCAGGGUUAAACCUGCUCAAGGAUUACCAUCAUAACCUAAUAUCACGCUGGAACAGUCAUGCAGCAGAGAGAUCGGCUGAUCGCUGUAUUCAUACUCUUUUCCAGUUAAAAUGCUUGGAGACGCCUGGGUCGCUUGCAGUGCGGGCCUGGGAUGGGUGUUUCACGUACGCUGAGGUGGAUGUAUUGUCUACGAAGGUGGCCGCGCGACUAAUGGAGUACGGCAUUGGCCAAGAAUGCAUUGUGCCCCUUCUUAUGGAGAAGUCAAAGUGGGUGGUUGUGGCAAUUUUGGGGGUCCUUAAGGCCGGCGCAGCAUUUGUUCUCCUGGAUAUUUCAUAUCCCGUUGGUCGCCUUCGGGAUAUCUGCCAGGAUACUGAAUCGAAAGUUUUAGUCCGGUCUAUUAACGCACCCACUGUUAAUCUGUCAAAGAACGUGAUUGUGACAGAUGAUCAUAUUUUCGACUGGUUCUACCAGCCGCGAAGAGUAUUGGUCACUCCUCAGAACGCAGCCUACGUUUCAUACACAUCUGGUUCAACAGGAAGACCAAAGGGCGUUAUCAUUGAGCAUGAUUCAUUUUGCACGAAUGUGAUUGCUACCAGCAGAGCACAGAACCUGUCCAGUUCCUCUCGAGUUUUGCAGUAUGCGUCCUUUGCAUUUGAUGUCAGCAUCCAGGAGUGCUUAGCGCCCUUAAUCCUUGGAGGCUGCGUCUGUAUACCGUCUGAAUCACAGCGGAUCAAUAAGCUGGCCGAAGCCUGUAAUGAGCUUGACGUCAAUUGGGCUGAGCUUACACCUUCUGUUGCCAGGCUGCUACAGCCAGAAGAUAUUCCAUCGGUUACGACCCUUGUCUUAGGCGGGGAGCCAAUCUCACCAAUUGAUAUCACUAGAUGGCGACAUGUCCAGUUGAAGGCUGCCUACGGCCCAGCAGAAUGUACUAUCGUAUCAACAGUGCAACCACUUUUGAAAGAUCCGAGCAAUAUUGGUUAUGCUUUUGUCGGUACGUCCUGGAUUGUGGACAAGGAUAAUGAACUACUUCUACUACCUAUUGGCGCGGUUGGGGAGUUAAUCAUUGGAGGACCGAUUGUUGGGCGCGGCUAUCUAAACCGGCCUGCCCAAACCAAGGCCGCGUUCAUCCAGAACCCUGACUGGGCGUCAUCCUUCGGCCUUGACAGGAAUUAUAGAUUUUACAAAACGGGUGAUUUGGUCCGGUACAAUGUUGAUGGGAGUAUCGUAUAUGUUGGGAGGAAGGACAGACAAGUUAAACUACAUGGACAAAGGAUUGAACUGGGGGAAAUUGAAUACCAUGCGCAGAGUUGCUUGGAAGACUAUCAUAUCACGGUUGAUCUCGCCGCAUCUAAUAAUCAGAGGCCGUUCUUGGUACUUUUUGCGGACACGGGAAAGCAGACUGCUGCAGACGCCUCUGCUGGGACCCUGUUCUGCGAGCCAAGCCACAGAUUUUGGCAGAGAAUGCAACAUGUAAAGGCUCGACUACUAGACACGCUCCCGAAUUACAUGGUACCGGCACUAUAUAUUCCUGUGAGGGAGAUUCCCCUCUCGCGAACUGGCAAAGUGGACAGAAGGAUGCUACAAAGCGCCGUUGGCCAGUUAACAGAAACCGAGCUUCGAAAAUACCGCCCUUCAGAUCCACAUCAUGCCACCAAUUCACCAACACCCGCCGAGGAAUCAUUCCGACAGAUUUUUGCAACCGUACUUGGGUUGCCCACCGUUGAUAUAGGGGUGGAUGGCAGCUUCUUCCAGUUUGGAGGAGACUCCAUCAGUGCCAUAUCCGUGGUGGCGGAGGCCAGGAAAAAGGGACUAGAGAUCACAGUGGCAUCUGUUUUCAAGUAUCAGUGCAUCCGGAGCUUGGUGGCAAACCUCGAAAAUAUACAAGCCUAUAGCAAUAGCGUAGUGCAGCCAUUCUCGCUAUUGGACAUGGACAAGAAAUUUCUCUCUAAGCGUGCUGCGGAACAAUGCAACAUUUUUCCUGGUCAGAUCGAAGAUAUCUACCUAUGCACGCCCUUGCAGGAAGCCAUGAUCUGUCAAACAGUGAGUGACCCGGGCUCUUUCCAAGCGAGGUUUCGCUUCCGUCUUCCUUCCACGAUAGAUGUGGCUCGCUUCAAGGAUGCCUGGAGGAAGGUGAUUGCUGCACAUCCAAUUCUGCGUACCAGGAUCGUCCAGCUUGAUGCACCUCGAGCACUUCAAGUUGUUGUAAGUGGCGAAGAGAGGGUACACUGGCAUUCUCUCGAAAAUGUACAUGGGAGUAUGCAACCUUGCAUGUCGCUGGGUACUCCCUUAAUCCAGCUUGGUCUGACUACAAAGGCAAGAAGAGAGCCACUGUCAUUCCUGCUCAAAAUGCACCACGCUAUAUUCGAUGCAUAUUCGCAUAAGAUUAUCCUUGAUGACGUGCAAGCUGCGUAUAGGGGCCUGAGUGUCACCCAGCAGUCGUUUCUACCUUUUAUACAAUAUAUAUCGACUCUAGAUAUGGACGAUGUGAGAGAGUUUUGGAAGCGUGAAUUCCAAGGCGUACAUGCGCCCGACUUUCCUGCUUUAACUCCAGCUCCCAAGUUCGGUCACAACACCGGUUCUGUGACAAGGAUACACCAUAGAAUUCCAAUGCCAAAUUGGCCCCGCGGAAGGUAUACUCCAUCAACAGUGCUACGGCUGGCCUAUACACUGCUUAUUGCCUGGGCUACCCGUUGUAAUGACAUUGUCUUUGGCGUCACCAUUAAUGGCCGCAGUGCGCCUAUACCUGGAAUUCACAGAUUUGCCACCCCGACAAUCGCUACUGUACCGCUUCGUACCGUGCUUCAGCCUGAUGAUAGUGCGGAGGAAACCAUGAUAAGGAUGCAGGAGCAUGCUACACGGCUGAUCCCAUUCGAGCAGACCGGACUGCGAUGGAUCAAGAAUUGCAGUGCUGAAGCAGCAUCCGCAUGUAAAUUCCAGAGUUUACUAGUUAUCCACUCAUCGCUCUCGAGUGAAGGGCCGCCGGAGAUUUUUGGUAAAGCCUUGGACAGCAGUGCCGAACAGUUAAACUUCAACAUGCAUCCCUUGACUCUCAUUUGCGAGCUCGAUGAGAAUCAAUGGAUAAAAGUUACAGCCGUGAUUGACUCGGCAGUGAUUUCUCAGGAGGAGGCAAAAGCGAUGCUGCAGAGAUUUGAAUAUUUACUGCACCUUGUGAGGGAGAACCAAGGACUGCCAAUCUGUAGGAUCAUUCCUAAUGAGCCUAUUGCCGCUUUCCCGAAGUUCGAGCUUAAUAGACCUCACUAUUUACAAGAAAUAGAGAGGAGGGCGCAGCUCUAUUUAGGAAAUCUGUCCGGGGUAGCAGCUGAAAUGGUCCUAUUCAAAGGAUUAACCUCCAAAACUCUCACUGUCUUCGUCUGUGAUAGCGGAACAGGUCUUGACGGGUUGGAGGAGUCCGAGCUGCAGAAGAUACCCAGCGAAAGUAUUACACAAAUGGUAUCCAGGCUAGGGGAGUACUUACGACAAUUUGUCCCAAAAUUCUUGUUGCCUUUUCUAUGCCUGCCAACCAAAUAUAUGCCUAAGGUUUCCGCAGGUCAACCAGACAGAGAAAUGCUGUGCUUGGCUGCAUCCAGACUGUGCAGAACCUCUCUCCAGCACUUUAUGUAUCCCGUUGCAAGUGAAUCCUCGCUGCCUGCGCCAUUUCAAGUAGAGAAGGCCCGGAACGUCGUUGCCUGUGCCCUUGGAUUGAAGAAGGAUAGUAUAGGAUGCGACGAUGAUUUCUUUAGCCUCGGUGGCGAUUCUAUCUCCGCGAUGCAGAUUGUUGUGUGGUGCAAACAAGAUGGAUUCGCUUUAACAGUUCCAGAUAUCUUUCGAGAAAGGAAAGUCGGUCUUAUUGCACGCAAAUUGACGCCUCAUACUACGGUUGUGCCUCCACAAAAGCCUGCUACGGAUCCGAAUACGAGUGGUCGGUUUCGUUUACUGCGGUUCAGCUCGUAUGACGAGAUAGCAAGAUUCGAAAGCGAAAUUAAGGCGAAACUGGGUAUAUCGAGCAUGGACACUGUUGAGGACGCGUACCCUUGCACUAGUAUCCAUGAAGGGCUGCUGGAGACACAAUCCAAGGGUACUAUCAUAUAUAGAUCCCAUACUAUCUGGGAAGUAAACACAAACGGUCCCGAUAGAUAUGUUUGCCCUUUUCGCUUACGCAAUGCCUGGUUGGCCCUUGCUCGUCGUCACCCUGCACUUCGAACAGUAUUAAUUAACAAUCCUCUUCCUGGGCGGACAUGGCAAAUGAUCCACGUGGUGCUAGAUGCUCCACCGGCAGAGGUCCCAGUACUCACAGUCGCAAGUGAAAAUCUGAUUCAUGAGCCCAAUUUGCAGGCUGGAGGGGCUGGAUCUCCACCGCACCUCUUUACGGUUUACCAAACUCAGACAGAUCGCGUCUUUUGUAAGCUUGAAGGCACUCAGGCCUUUCUUGAUGCAACGUCUAUAUCCAUUCUUUUGCAAGAGCUUGCACAGGCAUAUAAAGGAACCUUAGCUUCCGCACCAGGCCCACCCUACAGGUCUGCAGUUGAGUAUCUCUAUCACGUAAAUGACGUCGGCAGCCAAAAACGCUACUGGAAGAAACGACUGGCAACAGCAAAGCCAUGUAUUUUUCCGCGGCUCAACAGCGAACGGUCGUCCCGAGAGACGCUUCGUGUCACUAGCACCCGGAUUCAGGAUGCUGCCGCUUUUCGUCACUACUGUGCUGCGAACCUUGUGGCCGGAUGUUGUACAACACUUGUCUAUCUCUCGAGCAGCCACUAUCGAGCUUAG